AGAGGUAUCGUUAUGGCCAACUAAGGAUCGAGAAGGAGUUGUAGUAUAUGAGUAGUUAUGAUUGCUGAGGUUAUAGUAAUAGUAGUAGUAGCAGUAGUAGUAGUAGUAGUGUAGAAGCUGUGGCAGUGGAAGCAGGGAUUCCGGUGAUAGGGAUGGAGGUGAGGAUAGUAGGCGUGGUUAGGGAUGUACAAGUGAUGAUAAUAGUGGUGAUGGUAGCGUUGGUGGUGAUAACAGACCGAACAUAUGGUUAUGUUUCGCUACCCAGACACACACACAUACUCACACUGACUGCUAGAUUAACCACUCUUGCUGCCGCGGGCGAGGCACGUGACAACCUCUGUCAUGUUAUACGACACCGCCUACGCGCGGUCAUUCAGGAUGAGGUGUGGAGGAAGGUGUGUGUGGACGAUGAGUGAAGACAAGGACGCCUCACACGCUCAAGCCUCCACUGUGCCUCCUCCUUCGCCUCAACAACAGCAGCAGCAGCAGCAGCAACAACAACAACAACAGUCACAGCAGCCGCAGCAACAACAACAGCAACAACAACAACCCCAGCAGCCGCCGCAACAGCAACACCCACAGCAGUCUCCUCAGCCCCAGCACCACCAUAUCACAGCCCACCAGGCGACCACCCUCGUCUCCAUGCAGGCUGCCGCGGCCCCUGCCCAGCCUAUCGUACAGCAGGCCUCCCAGCAGGUGGCAGCCCAACAGGGUGUGCCACAACCUGGUAUGCCUCAGGUAAUGCAGCAAGCCCCCCAGGCAGCCCACUCCCCCCAUGGUGUCACCACCAGCAUGCCUCCACAGUCCCCACAAUUUUAUGUGCAGGCGUCCCUACCAUCAGGGAUGCAGCAAGCCCCACCAGCUAUUGCCCCAGCACCAGGCCCCCAGACCAGCACUAACACCACAUCACUGCAUCAGCCCCUCCAGCAUCCCCUUGCCCCACAGCCUCUCCCUCACCCUGGUGUCUCACCUUCUCCCAUGCCCCAGUUUCCCCCACAAGUGCAAGUAAUCCAAGGAAGCAUAGCUGGAGCUCCGUACCUGCAGCAGCUGUACCAGAAUGCUCAGGGACAACUGAUCAUGCCGAGCAACCUCACUCUCCAGACAGCCACCGGCAUGAACACCACACCCAUACAACCCAACACUCUCAACCAGCUCAACCAGCCACUUCAGGGGAACAAUCACAACUCUCUUCACAUCCCCAGGCACAUCAUUCAUCCUGGCCUUCAGACAUAUGUGAUUGCGGCAGCAGGAAAACCAUCAUUUCAAGGACAGCUUGCACCCCACAUGCUGACAGCCACAGGCAAGGCAGGAGUGCUUCAGGCUGGAGGUCAAGGUUACUCUCCCGCGGCCAUCCCAACCACAGGUAACCAGACUCUGGUGAUCAGCCAGCUGCCCAUGGGAGUCAUCAGCAGCCAGCAGCACAACAUCCUUCCUGCACACUCCACAGCUCACAAAGCCACAGACAUGCAGAAACAAGGUAUAACAUGGGCAACGCAAGGCACUCUACACUCUCCAACUCUCCUUACUACACAGAACCCACCAAUUUUCAUUCGUGGUGGUCAGCCUGGACAAGAGAAUGUGUACCUUUCCAAUCCUCAGCCUCAAACUGUGCAUGCCACAAACCCUAUAAUGCCACCCAUUGGAUCCGUACAACAAAACCCUCAAGUCCCCAAGCCCCGGGCAGGAAUGGAGAUCCCAGCCAACAUCCAGCCGAAGGCACCCAACAUGCGGCCCCCCAUUCUCCCCUCCAACCCCACACAGAUCCGUCCAGGGUCUUCAGUAUCAACCCAGACAGCAGGGCAGCAGCUGGCUCCAGGACCCAUAGCACCUCCAAGACCACAGAAUAAAAUACGUGGGAAGAGUGGAACCAGCCGGGGUUCUCCUGCAAUGGGAAAUGCCACUCAAAUGUCUGCCGGUGCACAGAUAUCUCACAAUGCAGUUGCCAACAGUAAUGCUAUGGUGGCAACUGCUGUCACUGCCAAUGCCGGCACUCAAGUGAUGCAGCCUUCCUCCGUGUCUCCAACCCCCUUGUCCAAUGCCUCAACAGUGUCUGCGCCAAAUAAAUCCAUUUCUCAGUCAGCCUCAGUACAAGCAAUCACCAGCAUAAGUCAAACCAAAUCUGGAGUGCCAAUGACUCCUCCCACAGCUCCCCUUCCACCUGCAGGCCAGCCACCCUCUGGUUUGACACACUUAGUCAGAGCACCAAUGUCUAAGCCACAGCAGUCCACCACAGCAGUUGCUCAGGUGUCAGUGGCUCCAUCAACUCCAGCUCUGAUGUCCAGUGUUUCAUUACAAGCUCAUGCAACAGUUCAACCCAUAACAAGUCAAGCUCCCAUUACUGGUACAGCUCCAGUUCUUGCUCCUAUUACUUCUUCCUUACAACAGCAACAACAACCACAACAACAACAACCACAACAACAGCCACAACAACAGCAACAACAGCCACAGCUGCAGCAGCCACAGCAGCAGCAGCCACAACAACAACAACAACAACAGCAACAACAGCAGCAGCAACAACAACAACAACAGCAGCAGCAGCAGCAGCAGCAGCAGCAGCAGCAACAGCAACAACAGCAACAUCAUCAACAACAACAGCAACAACAACAACAACAACAGCAGCAGCAGCAGCAGCAGCAGCAGCAGCAGCAGCAGCAGCAGCAGCAGCAGCAGCAGCAGCAGCAGCAGCAACAACAACAACAACAACAACAACAACAACAACAACAACAACAACUACAGCAGCAGCAGCCUACAAAUGGUCCAGUGUCUCAAGUGACCACAUCAAUGCAGCCUCCUAUUUUGUCCCCAGCAAUGGUUCCCAGUUCUACCACACAAAUCAUAGCUCAGUCCAAAUCAGAAGUCAAAGUUGAAAACAGCCCUAAUAAAAAAGUUAAUCCACUGACUCCAAUAACAAGUGACGGCAGCCCUAUCAAGAAAGUGAGUCCUAUGACACCUAACAUUGUAACUUCUACUGCUGCCACCCACAAUACUCAGACAUUGCCUUCACAGACACAAGUACCAACUGUGAAUGGAACUUCAAGUGAGAGUGGAGAAAUUCCAGAUAAAUCUCCACAACCAACAGUGAAUGGCACAACUCACACCCCUAUCAGUAGUGGGCCCCCUAAGGCCAUGGUGAAGCCACAAGUCCUCACUCACGUCAUUGAAGGCUUCGUUAUACAUGAAGCCUCUGAACCAUUCCCUGUUAGUCGCUCAUCUUUGCUCACUGAGAUCUCAAAACCUCGUCCCCCAAACUACACAAACACUGCCAUUCCUGUUGCCGCAGUAACGUCCACCUCAGCCCAGACACCCACAGGAGGACAGGCUGAAAAAGAGAACCAACCAGAUGAUGAGGCAACAAGAAAGAAACCAAGUGAACAGACAUCAACAUCUCCCAAAGGAGACACUGCCAAGUGUGAGCUGUGUUGCAAGACAGAUUUACGGUCAAAAUUUAAAAGAUCUAAGCGAUUCUGCAGUACGGCUUGUGCCAAGAGGUACAAUGUUGGAUGCUCAAAAAGAAUUGGCCUUUUUAGAAACCAGGAAGAAUCCCCCACCAAGAGAAUGCGCGAGGAAGGCAAUGCAGAGCCUGGAGAUGUUGCUCCUCAGUUGGAACCUGCUGAGUCACAGGAUCCUGAAGGCACAGAGAUGGAGACUGGUGGAGAAGCUGCUGAUGCUGAUGGAACAUCUAACUUGGAGUCACCCUCUAAGACACAGAGGAUAGAUAUCUUGAAGUGGACGGUUAAGGAUGUGGUGGACUUCAUACAGAAUCUACCUGGCUGUAAAGAAUAUGCUGAAGACUUUGCACUUCAAGAAAUUGAUGGCCAGGCUCUGAUGCUCCUGAAGGCAGACCAUCUGAUGUCAGCCAUGUCCAUGAAGUUAGGACCUGCCCUUAAAAUAUGUGCAAAAAUUGAGUCAAUGAGAGGUGAUAGAAAGGACACAUAGAAAGAUAUGGGUUUGUAAGAUCUCUUGGUCCUAGUGAUGCAACACUGAUCCAUAUUUGUAAAGAUUCUUAGAUCAGCUUCUGUUCUUUGACACCCUCAAAGUUCUUUUCACAAAUGAAAACCAAAUGUCUUUGAUGUGUGUGUGUAUAUAUAUAUAUAUAUAUAUAUAUAUAUAUAUAUAUAUAUAUAUAUAUAUAUAUAUAUAUAUAUAUAUAUAUAUAUAUAUAUAUAUAUAUAUAUAUAUAUAUAUAUAUAUAUAUAUAUAUAUAUAUAUAUAUAUUAAACUGGAAAUACAUUGUAUAUAGAAAUGUUUGACUCUUACAACAAUACUAUGACUGUGACAUUACUGCACUGCCAUUCUUAGAAUUAAGGAUUUCUCACCACUGUCAGAUCUUAAGAUAGAAAUGUAUGUAGGGUUUUUGUAUCGAUCUUGAGUAUGUAUUUACGUUACUAGAGAUGCUUAUGUUACUACAAAAUAUGGACCUUUGGUAUUUAUAAAGGAAGAGAUUUUAUCACAUGAACAGAAUAACCAAAUGGUGCUUGCCUAUUUUCAUGUAUGGAUCUCAUUACCAGUUUAUAUUUAUUUACAAACCAAGUGCAAUCAAGUUUAAGUAGGUUCAAGAUUUAUAUGAGCCCAAUUGAUAUUCUAUGCUUUGCUGUUUUGUGUUUGUUUAAAGUUAGACACAAUGUAACUUUCUUUGGAAUUGUUGAUCUGCUAAACAGGCAAUUAUUAUAUUUAUUUUAUACUUUAUUAUGCACACCUGAUUGUUCAUAAACACAAAUCUACACUACUAUUGAAUUGUGCGAUCUAAAAAAAAAAAAGUCAAGGCUGUAUGUAUGAUGAAAAAAUGUUUAGAUACACAUUCAGAUUUUUCAUACCAUAUCUCCAGUUUGUUAACUUAGGAGGGUAUAGUAUGUGGGACCAUGUAGUACUGUUAUAUCAACUCAACUCUUGGGGGUAAAGCAUUAGAGAACAAAAUUAUAAUAGUUCAUGAGGAGUUUCAGAAUGUGUGUGUGGGUGAGGUGUGUGUUUGUACAAAGAAUGUUUUGUAAAGUAAUGGUUAGAUUAUAUAUGGUUGUUGCACAGUCAGUGACUCCAUUUUGUAAUAUCCUUUAUUCAUAAAUUUGAAAACUUG